CUGGUAUGAAUGCGUUCUUCACUGUUGAUAACUAUCCUGAACCUGUGGUGGCCCCGAUCCCAGACAAACGAAACGUCAUACAUGCUGGGGAUGAGGAGGAGGAGGAGGAUGAAGACAACAUGUUUUCCAUUGUGUUCAAGCAAGGAGGCCCAGUAUCAGUGCUUCGAUCGAGUGCCAAGGGAAGACCUAAAGUGUGGGUUCAUUACAUCGCUGCAGAGGAGAUAGACUGGGACUAUUCGUCUCAAAGCGGCGACCGGCCUUCAUCGUCGUCAGCAGCAGAAUCUGAGUGGUUCAGAAAAGGUCCUCAGCGCUUAGGUGGCAUUUAUAAGAAAGUAGCUUUCGUGGAGUAUACAGACAAGACCUUUACUGUGAAGAAAACCACCAGCAAAAUGCUGAUGGGCCCAGAGCUCAGAGGGGAAGUGGGAGACAAAUUUCAGAUUGUUUUUAAAAAUAUGGACAGCCGACCAUUCAACAUUUAUCCAAAUGGCCUGACCAGCGUUCUGCCUUUGAAGAACGCAAACAAGG